UUCUUUUUUUUUUUCUCUCUUUUUUUUUUUCUUUAUUUAUUUACUUUCCUAUGUCACUUGUUACUUUUUAUAUUGUUAGUCUUCGAUGGAAACCACCUAAAUUGAUCUUGACAGAAGAACAACAAGUGCUGAUUCAACGUCUGUCUUUGUUUAAAGGGAUUUUUUCUUCUUUAGAUGCCAGAAAACACGGUCAAGAGACGGUUGGAUCAAUUAGACCAAUUGGUUCGACACCAUUGUCCUAGUCAUCAUAUUGAUUUUUAUGUGUUUAUUGUGGCCAUCUUAUGUGUGGUCUGUUCAGCCAUUUUUACGUUCAUUGCUCGCUCCCUUCAUAUCUCCAUGUGGUGUCCAUUAUUGUUACUUUUGAUCCCAACCGGAUUGAGUUUCUGGACAAGCAAGAAGAGAUCAACGCUUGGAGUUCGCAUGAAACAAUUUGAAAGUCUGGUCAACAAGACACUGUAUGACUUUAGUAGUCUAGACCAACACAUUCUCUGGACCAUGGAAAGAAUGACAAUGCCUCAACAGGCGCCCUUCAAAUCUGCCAGGUUUUGUUUAAUGAUCCAAAUCAAACACACAGACGAUCAAUUGCCAAGUUAUCAAGAAGCCAUGAUGACUCAACCUAUUCGUAUGCCUGAACCUGUUGCUCUCAUAGAAUAAGGAGACAAAAAAAAAUAAAA